AUUGUAUACGAUAUUAGGACGCAUUCUGCCCAAAUGGACUGAGAUGUUUCUCUUUUUAGUUUGUUUUCAAAUUUACUCCCAUCCCCAAACCAUUCAUUCUCUCCGCUUCUCCUGCUGCAAGCGGAAGGUGCUUCACUUCAUUCCACUCAAAUCAAUAAAUCUUCCACACUAACGUACACACCCUAAAAUUAUGAACCCCUCUAUACCACAAAAUCUAGACGAAUACUCAGCAUCCGCAACCACAAUCAAAUUCGACCGCCCAAUCCCACUCCUUCGUGGCCCUAUACCCGCCGGACCGCCCGACGACCCGUCAAUCGGCCCACACGUCCUCGCUUUCAGAAACCCUCAAUCCUGGGCUGUCGCAUACAAAACCUGCGAGUCCAAAAUAAUCUCCCAGUGCGAGGAAGGAGCCAGGUUUGGGUGCGCGAUAACCGCGUCAAAAAACUGUAAGCCUCCCUGGUGGCGCGGUUUUAUUGGGGGAGCGAGAUUGGAAGACUUGAAGGAGAGGGAGAGGUGUGAGGAUCGCGAACUGGAAGGUUGUUUAGUUGCGGCUAAAGACAAGUGCGUUGGGUUUGCCAAGGAGAAAUGCUGGAAGCCUUUUAGGGACGCGAGAAUUGCGGUGAGGGAAGACGAGGUUGUUAGGAAUUUAGUUAGUUUGGUUUCGGUGCCGCAGCGAAGUAGUAAGUGGAUUAGUUUAAUUGGGUUUGGAAAAUUUAAUUUUGGGGCUACCAAUUUCAGGGCAAGUGAAUUUUUGGGCUCUAAUAAAAAUCAUGCAUGGUUUUUUAAGUUGAUGUAGUGGAAUAAAAGAAGAGGAGGGGGGAUCUGGGGUUCUGGGAAUUGCAUGGUUCAUGUUGUUUAACUGUGGCCAGCUUUUUAAGUUGGAGAUUCUGCGGUUUGGAUUGGGCACUUAGAGGUAUAUUUCGUAGAACUUUGCCUCUCAUUUUGGAUAAAGUUGGAUGCUUGGUGUAUGUCCUUGGCUUGUUCAAUUGAAUGAGACUUGUAUGCACCUGCUAUUGUUAGGAUUUCCUUACUGCCCUCUAUCGAGCUGUGAAAAAUGGGGUAAGAUGUUGAUAUUGAUAAGCACAUGAAGUUUGCGCACGUUGUUUUACUUGUCAUGGCCAUUGAUCAGCAUUAUAGCUUAGUUGUACGAGGAUUAACUUCAAAUCCACCUAUUGUUUCGUGUUGCGUCAUAUAAUCUGUUUCUUGGAUUGAUUUACCUGCUGUUAUGUUUGGUUAUAUUGCUGCCAACAUUAAUAAGAAAUAUAAAGGCACCAUAAUUUCUGCGGUGGUGAGGUUUCAUAUUUAGGGGAAUAUACAAUGAUAAAUAUAGUAGAAUAUACAAGCUCUUGUAAACUAGCUAUAAAAACAAUCACCUAAUAACUCUCCUAAAAUAUUUUCUACAAUCAAAAGGAUCACGUAAUACGCUGCUUUCCUUAUCAAACACGACCACCAUCACUGCUCCAUUUUCGCUUGCUGCUGUUGAUGGAAAUCUGAUGAUAAUCACUGUGGCUGACGAGUCUGCAAACGUGUCUGGGUUUUCAAGGUUCAAAUAUUCGGGCAAUUGUUGGGAAGGGCUGAAGCAGAUGCCUUCUUAUUGUACUUAUUUCCUGUUAAAGCAUGGAAUCUGGAGACCGUCCAAGUUUGGAGCUGGCUCAAAAACUUGCUCGAUACCACUUCAUGAAUCAUGUACGCAAACCAUUUGCUUCAACACCUGAUGUCAAGGUUGCAAGGUCAGUUGUUCCGUAAAUUUCAGGUUUCCUUGUAAAAGUUUUAUGAAAUUAUAUGUUGGCGAGUCCGCGAGCGGGCUGUAUGGGAAGCGGCUAAGCACGAUAUCUUGCUCUAGUUGUUGGGCCUUUUUAGCAUUUAAAUUGGGCUUGAACUGUAGCCCAUAAUAAUCGAACUUUUAUUUGCUCA